AUGCUUGAAGCAACCCGUAGAAAGUAUGUCUCUCAGCAAGGCAUAGUCACGCUACAGAGUGUAAUGAAAAAGCCGGAGUGUAAAAGAGGCAUAAAGGCGGUGCAGAAGUGCCUUGUCAAAAAGAACGAGGGGGUUGUUAUCUUGGCUGCAGACGUAACGCCGAGUGAUUUAAUUAGCCACAUUCCUGGCCUGUGCAUGGAAGGAAACACGCCGCUUUUCUACAUAAGCAGCAGGUUUGACCUGAGGACAGACAAGGACAAGCCCACCACGUGUCUGUUCAUCCCCAAGGGUCUUCUUUCAGAAAGCGACGCCCAGAGCCUACAAUAA